AUGGCAUUAUAUGAGUGCCGGGACAGAGAGGCUCCACAGGCCACCGGCCCCUCCCCAGCCCUGGGUAGCCCUGCCUUGAGAGAGAUGGAGCCCAAGGACCAGCAGCUAGUGGUGGCGCUUCGAAUCCGCCCACUCAAUGAUGCAGAACUGGAGGAGGGAGGCACCGUCAUCGCCCACAAAGUGGGGGACCAGACGGUGGUGCUUGUGGACCCUGGUGAGGACCCUGAGGACACGCUGCGCACACACCGGCCCCGCAAACGAACCUUCAUCUUUGACACUGUUUUCGACCAGCACGCAUCCCAGGAAGAUGUGUACUGUGCCACCAUCCAGCAUCUAGUGGAAGGCAUCAUUUCUGGAUACAAUGCAACAGUGUUUGCCUACGGCCCCUCAGGCACAGGGAAGACCCACACCAUGCUAGGCAAGGAUGCGGAGCCUGGUGUCUACCUGCAGACCCUCACGGACCUCUUCCAGGUCAUUGAACAGACCCGUGACAACAUGGACUACAGCGUGUCCAUGUCUUACUUUGAGAUUUAUAAUGAAGUGAUCCGAGAUCUCUUGAAUCCAUCCUCAGAGUUUCUGGAACUAAGGGAAGAUUCUAGGGGCAGCAUCCAGAUUGCAGGCAUCAUGGAGGUCUCCACCUCAAAUGCCCAAGAGAUCAUGCAGCUCCUCACCAAGGGCAACCGGCAGCGCACACAGGAGCCCACGGCCACCAACAAGACGUCGUCCCGCUCCCACGCUGUGCUGCAGGUCACCGUGCAUCAGCAGAGCCGCAGCACAGACCUGGUGGAGGAAGUGCACGUUGGGAGGCUCUUCAUGGUGGACCUGGCAGGCUCUGAGCGGGCGUCCCAGACACAGAACCGAGGCAAAAGGAUGAAGGAGGGUGCACACAUCAACCGCUCCCUGCUGGCACUGGGCAACUGCAUCAAUGCACUCAGCGAGAAAGGCAGCAGCCGGUCGCAGUAUGUGAACUUCCGAGAUAGCAAGCUCACGCGCCUGCUGAAGGAUGCCCUGGGAGGGAACAGCCGGACAGUGAUGAUCGCCCACAUUAGCCCAGCCAGCACCUGCUUUGAGGAGUCACGGACCACCCUGCUCUACGCCUACAGGGCGAAGAACAUCAAGACCAGGGUCAAGCGCAACCUGCUGAACGUCUCCUACCGCAUCGCGCAGUACACGGAUGUCAUCUCUGACCUGCGCAGGGAGAUUGAGCACCUCAAAUCAAAAAUUGAGAAGCAAGAAAAGGAGAAGAAAAGUGAACCCAGCAACCAGGAUGCACAAGUCACAAACCCCACCCAUGACGCAGAAGAGGAUAGCCACCUGCAGAUGAACAAGAUCCGGGCCCAGCUCAUCGGAGCCUUCAAGGAGCAGAUGGAGAUGCGGCACAGCCUGGUAGAGCUUGAGAAUACCAGCAUCGAGCUGCACAUCGACAUGUCCCGCCACCUGCUGACCAUUGCAGACUGGGAGCGAGAGAAGACCCACCACCACGUGCACAGGGGUACGGGUAAGCCGGAGAAGGACGAAGAGCUGGUCGACGCCAAUGGGGACGAGGGCGGGUCCGUGGAACCACACGAGGUGGCCCUAGCCAGAGAGGAGGUCAACCUGCUGUUAGCCGAGCAGCGGAAAACUGCGGCCCUCAAGGCUGGGCUGGAGCAGCGCCUGGCCAAUGCCAAGCAGAAGGCCUCACAGAUGGAGAAACUGCUGCCCAAGCAGGUCACCAGCGAGGACCAGCGGGAGGUUCUGCGGCUGCUGUGCAGAGCCCACAAGCUGGAGGUGGAGAACACGGAGCUGCAGGCCAACAACCUGUGCCAGAAGAACCUGCUCUGCCAGAAGGACUUUGUGAUCCAGCGCUACCACCAGCACCGGCUGCUCUGUGAGCAGGUCAUCCAGGAGCAGCGGCAGCUGAUACAGGAAGGUGGCAUCCCGGUGCCGGAGCCCCUGGACCAGUGGUAUGGCCUGUACUGCCGGGAGCGGGGUGAGGGCACACUGGACCACCUGCUGCUGCUGCACUCGAUGAUGUCCAGCUCUCUCCAGGAUGGCUCUGUUCUGAAUAUAUCUCCCCUGCCGGAGGAGUCCAGCCACGACCAGCUGGCCGACAGGAAGGACCUCCCGUGGGGUGCACAGUUCGAGCUGCCUCCAAUGCUCCUGGAGAGAGACAGUGAUGGUUACAAAGCAUCAAAAGCCACACCACUGAAACAACUGGGAAAGCAGGAUACUCUUCUCCCUCCUCCAUCCCUCCCCAUCCUGCUGACUCCUCCAGGUCACGAGAAGCCGAGCUCCCUGAGCAUGAAGAGCUUGGUCUCCAAGCUGUACCCCACAACUGGCCUGGAUGGCCCAGCCCUGAGCACUGAGGUCCUCCAGGAGAUGGCUGUGGGCACCAAGAGCAUCGCCCUCAUCGCGGCCAGCCGGCGCUCCAAGGUGCAGGACCAGGACGGCUGUAGCAGCCGCUCCUCCCGCCACCUGCUGGAGGAGGCAGCCCUGGACUCCAGGGACCCGAAGCCCAGAGCCACCUCAGACUCCAAUCUGGCAGAUAGGAGGUGGCCCCAUGCCAGCCCUUGCAGGUACCAAUCUGUUGAGAAGAAGGCCAGGAAGAAGCGGUCACCCUCCCUCACCCGGAGUGUGCAGCUGGCGACAGAGAAACUUCAGGCCCCCUCUAUGGAGCAUUUGGCUGAGAGCCUGCCGCACCCAGCGCUCCUUCAGCCAUCAAAGUCGUCAGGAAAGAGCUUUUUCCCUGCUGUGCCUACGGCCUCCAAGAUAAAACCCAGCCUCAGUUUCCAUGCAGAUGAGAAUACGCUCCAUGUGCCUGAAGUCAGCUUCACUUUCCCAAGCGCCAUGUGGCAGAGCAGUCCAGGCCCAAGCAGGGUGCCCCUCUUGCCCCGGGACAUCCAAGGGUCUAUGGACAGCGGAGGCCGACACCACAGCCCUCUGCCCCUCAGCAACCCCCGCAAGCUCCAGGGAGGCAGCGCCAAGAGGCCAAGAAGACCGAAAUAA